AUGCGCAUCGCGGCCUCCCCCACGUGUCGCCUCCUCUCGACCGGUCGUCGCGUCCCGGCGGUACCGGCGCGCCAUGGCCCCCGCGUCGUGGCCCCGUUUGCCACCGCCGUCGAGUCCCCCACCGCCCGGGAUGUCGAUCCCGCGCAGAUCCUGCGCAACGUCCGGCCCAAGCUGCUGAUCGACGGCGACUUUGUCGAUGCGGCCUCUGGCAAGACCUUCCCGGUGCUGGACCCCAGAACGGAGGAUGUGGUCGCCCAGGUGGCCGAGGCCGACGCGGCCGACGUAGACAGGGCCGUGGGCGCCGCGCGGAGGGCCUUCGACAGCGGGCCCUGGAGGAAGAUGUCGGGGCGGCAGCGCGGGAAGGUGAUGGCCAGGAUGGCCGACCUGCUGGAGCAGCGCGCCGAGGAGUUCGCGAGGAUAGAGACGCUGGACAACGGCAAGCCGCUGGCGGAGUCAAGGGCGUUCGACGUGACGGCGGUCGUUUCGCACUUCCGGUAUUUCGCGGGAUGGGCAGACAAGAUCUCGGGGAAGACGCUGCAGACGAACGGCAACAUGUUUGCGUACACGCUGCACGAGGCGAUCGGCGUGGCCGGCCAGAUCAUCCCUUGGAACUACCCGCUGCUGAUGCUGGCCUGGAAGGUGGCGCCCGCGCUGGCGUGCGGCUGCACGGUGGUCCUCAAGGUCGCCGAGCAGACACCCAUGUCUGCCCUCCUAUUCGGAGAGCUUGCCCUUGAGGCCGGCCUGCCCCCCGGCGUCCUCAACAUCCUCCCCGGUUACGGCCCCACUGCUGGCGCAGCCCUGGCCAGCCACCCUGGGGUGGACAAGGUCUCAUUCACAGGCAGCACAGAGGUGGGGCGCGAAGUGAUGCGCGCCGCGGCCGGCGGCAUCAAACACGUGUCGCUGGAGCUGGGCGGCAAGUCCGCGGCCAUCAUCUGCCCGGACGUUGACCUGGAGUCCGUUGUGGACGACACCCACAUGGCGCUCUUCUACAACCACGGCCAAAACUGCUGCGCGGGCUCGCGCACCUAUGUGCACGAGAGCCUGUACGACGAGUUCGUGGAGAGGGCGGUGGAGCGGGCGCAGCGAGCGACGGUGGGGGACCCCUUCGGGGACGCGCAGAUAGGCCCGCUGGUGGACUCGGCGCAGUUUGAGAAGGUGUUGGGCUACAUGAAGGCGGGCAAGGCGCAGGGGGCGGUGUUGCGCUGCGGCGGUGGGCGGGCGGGCCCCAAGGGAUACUACGUGGAGCCCACUGUGUUUUCGGACGUGCGCGACGAGAUGAGCAUAGCGCAGGAAGAGAUUUUCGGCCCAGUUCAGUCCAUCAUGAAGUGGAGCAGCGUCGAAGAAGUUCUCGACCGCGCGAACGCGAACCCCUACGGCCUGGCGGCGGGCGUGUGGACGAAGGACCUGGACAUGGCGAAUCGCCUGAGCCGCGGACUGAGGGCUGGCACGGUGUGGGUCAACUGCUACAACUACUUCGACGACGCCGUGCCCUUUGGGGGCUACAAGAUGAGCGGCUUCGGGCGGGAUCUGAGCGAGUACGCGCUGAACAACUACAUGGAGGUGAAGGCGGUUGUGACGCCCCUCGAGGACCCGGCGUGGAUCUGA